GAUUAAGGGUAACCCGACGUUCCAAUUUUAGUUGCAUUUUGAAAAACAAAACAAACCAAGCAAAAACAGAAAUGGGUUUCCCCGAUGCAUCCGCAAUCGGCGGAGGCCCGGAACCCGACUCUGAAUCCGCCCUCCUCCUCCGCACAUCCCUAAAACCAGAAGACAAAUUUAAUUUGGGCUACAUCAUCUACUUCACUUUGGGCGUUGGCUUUCUCCUCCCAUGGAAUAGCUUCAUCACUGCCGUCGAUUACUUUUCCUACCUCUACCCGGAAGCUUCCGUCGACCGUGUUUUCGCCGUCGUUUACAUGGUCGUCGGCCUCGCUUGCCUCUUGGUCAUUGUAUUUUAUGCUCACAAGAGUGAAGCUUACAUGCGGAUCAAUGUUGGUUUGGGCAUUUUCGUGGUUUCCCUGGUCGUCGUGCCUGUUAUGGAUGCGGUUUAUAUUAAGGGUCGGGUCGGAUUGUAUGACGGAUUCUACGUCACUGUCGGUCUUCUCGCUCUGGCGGGUAUAGGCGAUGCGCUUGUUCAAGGUGGGCUCAUUGGAGCGGCUGGGGAAUUGCCUGAACGCUACAUGCAGGCUAUCGUUGCGGGAUCCGGCGGUUCUGGGGUCCUUGUUUCAAUGCUAAGGAUCCUAACCAAAGCUGUAUUUCCACAAGAUGCUGAUGGCCUGAGAAAGAGUGCCUACCUUUACUUUUUUACUAGCAUUGUGUUUAUGGUCAUAUGCAUAGUCUUGUACAAUGUGGCACACAAACUUCCGAUUAUGCAGUACUAUGAGGAGUUAAAGGCUGAGGCUGUUAAGGAGGAAAAAGCAGAGAAAGGUCCCAUGACCGGGCCUGUUUGGAGAGCAACCUUGUAGAAUAUAGUAGGAACAGUCAAGUGGUAUGGAUUUGGGAUCGUCCUCAUAUAUGUUGUGACUUUAUCAAUAUUUCCAGGAUACAUCACAGAGGAUGUGCACUCAUUGGUUCUCAAGGACUGGUAUCUGGUCCUCCUUAUAACAGGCUACAAUGUGUUUGACCUGGUUGGCAAAUCGUUGACUGCAGUCUAUCUCCUUGAAAAUGCAAAGGUUGCUAUUUCCGCUUGUGUUGUGAGGUUACUGUUCUUUCCUCUCUUCAUAGGUUGCUUGCACGGCCCUCAGCUCUUCCGAACAGAGUUUCCAGUCUCGUUACUGACUUGCCUUCUAGGUCUAACUAAUGGCUACUUGACAAGUGUGUUAAUGAUCAUGGCUCCCAAAUCUGUCCAGAUACAACACGCAGAGACUUCUGGCAUCGUUAUGGUGUUGUUUCUAGUAGUUGGUCUGGCAUCAGGAUCAGUCAUAGCUUGGUUCUGGGUCAUCUGAUCAUCAGCCAAGAUCUCUCCAACAGGUGGCCGCUAUGAAUUUGUGCUAAUGAUGUUUUUACCUUUGUAAAGUUUAUCUAAAAGCCGUCGUUUGUAGCAGUGUUUAUCUUCAAAUUGUAUGAUGAAUACUGUGCCUGAAGUGUGCAUAUCUGCUCUCAAUGUAUGCCUGUAUCUUAAAAACAUGAAAAAGAAAAAAUGGAAACAUUUGGCUAUUAUCUGCUUUUUAUA